AUGGUCACGCUGGCAGAAUAUUAUAAGAAGAAAAUUAUUCCAAGGGGUCUUCGCUCCAAUUUACGGCCCACUCUGUUCUCAGAAAAUUCAGAAUUCUGUCUCCGAUUCGAGAGGAUUCUUAACAAGGCAUCCUUUGACAUCAUCCUACUCAAUUUAGAACGUGCCAGUACAGAGCUCAGGAAAACUAAAGAAGAGAGUAACUCCCUGGAACAGAACCUGCUACAAGAACUAUCUGCAGAAAAAGCAGUGACAAUCAGGAAUAACAUCACACAAAAAGAUAACUUCUUUAGGUGUCACGAAAGAAAUGUCGGGUUCUACAGAGCAAUCAGACUGCAGCCAUACAUCGAAAUCGAGAGACCCACCUGGACCAUGGACAACCAAGACACAAUUUCACCUUUCCAGGACCAAACGAAGAACUGCAAACCACCCAGCCACUUCGCACCUCCAAAAAUAUACAAGGCAGUAGAGGGCUACAUUUAUCAUGUACUACAGGACCUUAAAACACUAGAAAAGAAGGCAUCGUCUAUGAAGGGCACAAAAAAGGACUUGAUCAUCUUUCACCAAACCAUCAACUUGGGCACGGACUCCAUCUCUCUCUCCCUGGACUGCAGUGACACCAAAAUCUCUUUUCUGGAUGUCCUUGUCAAGCUCCUCCUCAUACAAAAAUCUAAUGAUUUGCAUGCAACUCCUGUAAACAACUCCCAGAUAUCCAAAGCAGAAGACGUUAACAGAAAAAAGGUCUGUCGUAUUCCAAAAAGAGCUAUGUCUACCCCUACCACAGAUGAAGGAAGCUUUGUUAUUCUGUCACAAGCAAAGCCUCAAAAUGAUCAAGUGAAUGCAUCGGAAGACGAACAGUCCCAUAAAGUCCAAGACAGCAUUCCCAAACCAAUAGUCACAUUUUACCACGGAGAACCUGAAGUUCUUGGAUAUGUUGUUUCUGGAUCGCUUUCACUGGCUACUUCAAUUAAACCCACAAUCUUCAAGGUGAAAUCAAGUUUGGUGAUGACCAUGAUCAGUAUUGCUGCUGCUAGUUUUGCAAUAUUAAUGAUGACAACAAUUUUUCCUUCACCACUUUAUUUUCCAUCUUCUGAAUGGUAUUGUGCAUAUUAUAAACCAAAUACGGAAUGCGUAGGAAUAUUUAACCCACAGGUGUGCUUAGCUGGUAUUAUAAUUCUCUUGUUUUUACUUACAAUAUUAAUGUUUUGCAUCACCAUAUCCACAUCAGUGUUUGCAUGCAGGACUGUAUGCCGGUCAUCUUAUAAUGAAAUGAGUGUGGUCAUCUAUCAUUCUACAUCUUUGAAUGCACCAGUAACAGCCACAGGAGCUUUUUCUCCAUCCACAACCGAACAAGACUCCUAACCAGGAUUUAAACAAAGCCAUGGUUUAUGACAUAUGACAUGUAUCUGAUACGAAAAUAUUCAUAUUGGUGUGAGAAUCUGUUAUCUGACCCACUUUUUUGCUAGAAAAGUAAUCUUUUAUGCACAAAACACAAUAAAUAACUGUAGUAUUUAGUA